AUGGCGGCGGCGGCGGCGAAACUAUUGACGUUAGCUUGGCCGUGCAUACGAAAUGAGAGCAGCAGUAGGUCUGAUUUGUCGGCUAGACCUCACUAUCCUUCGAUGCCCAAAUACCCAAAAGGGGUUUCCAAGGAGAAGAUUGAAGGGUCUGAAUCCAAAGCUCUGUUUUCUGUCAUUGGAAUGACUUGUUCUGCUUGUGCUGGUUCCGUUGAGAAGGCGAUCAAGCGACUCCCCGGUAUUCGAGAAGCUGUUGUUGAUGUUUUGAACAAUAGGGUUCAAGUCAUCUUCUACCCCUCUUUUGUUAAUGAGGAAAAAAUCUGUGAAACCAUCAUUGAGGAUGUUGGUUUUGAGGCUGCAUUAAUUGAAGACGAAAGCAGUGAAGGAAGCAAUCAAGUAGUCCGGGUACACAUAAAGGGAAUGACUUGCACUACAUGUGCAAAUUCCAUCGAAGUUAGUCUCCAUGGAGUUCAAGGUAUUAAGAAGGCUCAAGUUGCAUUAGCUACCGAAGAAGCAGAAAUCCAUUAUGAUCCGAAGCUGGUCAGUUACAAUGAGGUACUUAAAGCUGUAGAAGAUAGCGGCUUUGAAGCUGUACUUAUCAGCACAGGGGAAGAUAGAAGCAAGGUGCAACUAAAGGUUGAUGGUUUAAGCUCUGAGGAUUCGUGGGAAAUAAUUGAAAGCUCGCUUAGGGAACUUCCAGGUGUCCAAGCUAUGGACAUUGAUCCAACUCUCCAGAAAAUCUCUCUGUUCUAUAAGCCAGAUAUGACAGGACCUAGAAAUUUUAUUGAAGUGAUUGAGUCAACUGGAUUAGGGGGUUUCAAGGCUAUGAUAUUUCCUGAAGAACGAGGAAGAGAUUCUCAUAGAAAGGGAGAAAUCAAGCAGUAUUAUCGAUCGUUCCUAUGGAGUCUUAUCUUUACAACACCAGUAUUUCUAACCUCAAUGGUCUUCAUGUAUAUACCAGGUAUUAAACAUGUAUUUGACACUAAAAUAGUGAAGAUGCUAACUGUUGGAGAAAUACUGAGGUGGAUAUUAGCAACUCCUGUUCAAUUCAUCAUUGGUUGGAGAUUUUACUAUGGGUCAUACAAAGCUUUAAGACAUUGUUCUGCUAAUAUGGAUGUUCUGAUUGCCUUGGGAACAAAUGCAGCAUACUUCUAUUCAGUCUAUAUCGUUCUUCGAGCUGCUACAUCUACACAGUUCAAGGGAACAGAUUUCUUUGAGACAAGCUCUAUGCUCAUUUCCUUUGUUCUUUUAGGGAAGUAUCUAGAGGUUUUGGCCAAAGGGAAGACAUCUGCAGCCAUCGCCAAGCUCAUGGACUUGGCCCCUGAGACAGCAAUAUUAUUGACCCUUGAUACAGAUGGAAAUGUCAUAAACGAAAGAGAAAUAGAUAGCAGAUUGAUACAAAAGAAUGAUGUACUCAAAGUUAUUCCUGGGGCGAAAGUAGCAUGUGAUGGUUUCGUAAUUUGGGGACAAAGUUAUGUGAAUGAAAGCAUGAUCACAGGAGAAUCUCGGCCAGUACCCAAAAGGAAGGGGGAUAUGGUGAUUGGAGGAACAAUGAAUCAGAAUGGGGUAUUACAUAUCAAGGCAACAAGAGUUGGGUCAGAAAGUGCACUAUCUCAAAUUGUCCGUCUUGUUGAAUCAGCACAGAUGGCCAAAGCACCUGUGCAGAAGCUUGCUGACCGUAUCUCCAAAUAUUUUGUACCUUUGGUCAUUGUUCUCUCAUUUUCUACUUGGCUUAUAUGGUUCUUAGCUGGAAAAUUCAACAGCUACCCAAACUCAUGGAUACCGUCAUCUAUGGAUAGCUUUGAGCUUGCAUUGCAAUUUGGCAUUUCUGUCAUGGUUAUAGCCUGCCCUUGUGCUUUGGGUUUGGCAACACCUACUGCAGUUAUGGUUGGUACUGGAAUUGGUGCUUCUCAAGGUGUUCUUAUCAAAGGUGGCCAAGCUCUAGAAACUGCUCACAAGGUAAACUGCAUUGUGUUCGAUAAGACUGGGACUCUCACAGAAGGCAAGCCAGUAGUUGUGAGCACCCGGCUCUUGAGACAAAUGGUGCUUCAAGAUUUCUAUGAACUGGUGGCUGCUGCUGAGAUCAAUAGCGAGCACCCAUUAGCAAAGGCAGUAGUUGAGUAUGCCAAUAAGUUUGGAGGAGACGAGGAAAAUCAAACCUGGCCAGAAGCAAGGGAUUUUGUUGCAAUCACGGGUCAUGGUGUCAAGGCCAUAAUCCGAGACCAAGAGAUUCUUGUGGGUAACAAGAGCUUGAUGUUGGACCAAAAAAUUUCAAUCCCUGCUGAAGCAGAGGAAUUACUUGCUGAAGCAGAAGAUUUGGCUCAAACUGGUAUCCUGGUAUCUAUUGAUGGCACUCUGGCAGGGGUUAUAGCAGUAUCUGAUCCUUUGAAGCCUAGUGCGCGAGAUGUCAUAUCUAUUCUUAAGUCGAUGAAUGUUAAGAGCAUCGUCGUGACUGGUGACAAUAAGGGGACUGCAAACUCAAUUGCCAAACAAGUCGGAAUAGAGACUGUCAUUGCUGAAGCCAAGCCUGAGCAGAAAGCUGAGAAAGUUAAGGAAUUACAGGCUGAAGGUUACAUAGUGGCAAUGGUUGGGGAUGGUAUAAAUGAUUCGCCUGCAUUAGUGGCUGCUGAUGUUGGAAUGGCAAUCGGUGCAGGGACAGACAUAGCUAUAGAAGCAGCAGAUAUUGUUCUGAUGAAGAACAAUUUAGAGGACGUCAUAACUGCUAUAGACCUCUCUAGGAAAACUUUCUCCAGGAUACGUUGGAACUAUAUUUGGGCUCUGGGUUACAAUGUGCUUGGGAUACCAAUAGCUGCUGGGAUACUCUUCCCUUCAUUCAGGUUUCGCUUACCACCAUGGAUUGCAGGAGCUGCUAUGGCCGCGUCAUCAGUUAGUGUUGUUUGCUGGUCUCUCUUAUUGAAGAAUUACAAAAGACCAAAGAAGUUGGACUCUGUUGAUGUCCAUGAAAUAAGAGUUGACAGACAAUAUCUUGAUUCUACUAUGUAAAUAGCCAGAUAGGAUGGCUGAGUUUGCUGUUAAUUUGUAGAUAUUACAUCAUGAUUUUGAUUCAGAUAAACUUGUAGUUGUGAAUAUUUUUUUUCCAAGAGGAAAUUUGUAGUUGUGAUUGAAUAAGAGUGGGCUAGUUUUUUAUGUAACAGACCAGUUCAAACAAGAAUGUGAAUAAGUUUGGGAUGAGGUUUUUGAUUAGCUUUUUUUGGUUAUUCUUGAGCAGAUGUUUAAACAAUAUACAUAUUGACUUCUUUAUCUAUUUUGCGAAAUAUUUUUUUGAUUCUCGUGUAAUAAUAUGAAUACUUAGAAAA